UGCCGGGCCUCCAAUUGCGUCGAUUCACUAUAGCUUCGCACCUUCGAACUCGACUGCCUCUGUCAAACAGCCCUUUCACCACAAUCCACGCAUCGCUCAGCUGGUCUAGCGAUCUCUCAGCAAAAGCACCCUCGAUUUCCACAUCACAUUCCUUCCACGAACCAACAUGAUGUUCACUACUUCAACCAUGGCCGCUGCAGCCCUCGCGCUCUUCGGCACCGCCAACGCACACAUGAUCAUGAAGUCUCCAGUUCCCUACGGCAACCCCAACAGCUCCCCGCUCGACGACUCCGGCUCCGAUUUCCCCUGCAAGAGCGUUCCCUACGACAUCGUGAAAAUGAACACCAUUGAGGUUGGCGUGCCUCAAACACUUAGCUUCACUGGCAGUGCUGUCCAUGGCGGAGGAUCCUGCCAAGUCAGCGUCACUCUGGACCAGAAGCCCGACAAGAACAGCCAAUGGAAGGUCAUUCACAGCAUCAUCGGCGGAUGCCCAUCCAACGUGACCGGAAAUCUCCCCGAUGAUCCAACGGGCGAUGGGGCGGCUGUCUUCCAAUUCACGAUGCCUAAAGGUAUGCCAAAUGGGCAAUAUUCCCUGGCCUGGACCUGGAACAACAAAAUCGGUAACCGUGAGAUGUACAUGAACUGUGCACCUAUCACCGUCACUGGUGGAGGCGACGACACCUCGGUCAUGGAAAAGCUUCCCGAUAUGUUUGUCGCCAACAUUCCUAGCGAGACUUGCUCGAUCCCAGAAGGCUCCGACUUCGUCUACCCGAACCCGGGCGAUUCAGUCCAAUCUGUUACCGUUGGUACUCCUGCCUUUGGAAGUUCUCUCAUUGGGAACUGCGCCUCGAUGACCAAGAUGGGCGCCGGUGCAGGAAAACUUGGAACUGUUGCAGGCGGUAAGGGCAAUGCGGAACCAACAGGCGCCCAGUCAUCUGCGGGUGUUAGUCAGCCAGCAGCUACCAGUGCGGUCGCUACGCCAGUAGCAUCCAACCCAGGCGGCGUCUUCGCUCCAGGCGCAUCCUCAGCUGCCGGCGUCUCAUCAGCCGCUGUUCCUGUGCCAACCUCCUUCGCCACUGUCGUCGCUCCAUCCUCCGCUGCUGCAGCUACAUCCGUCCCAGCCGCAGCUACCAGCGUCGCCGCCGCUCCCGCUGCCUCAGGCAGUGGCGUGCCCUGCUCUACCAACGGCGCGAUCGUCUGCAUCGGCAGCACGCAGUUUGGCGUCUGCAACUGGGGCUUCGCGGCUCCACAAGACCUCGCCGCCGGCACCACCUGCUCCAACGGCCAGAUCGGCACCAAGAAGCGCGUUGUCCGCCGCCGCCUACCAGUGCACUUCCGUCGUCACGGCUCGAACCUGAUCUAAGUGCAUUCCCCUUGGCUCUCUAGCCCUCGAUUGAUCUUCGGCGGCAUACACAGCAUUGCACUGGCGUUUUGAACUGCAUUUCUUCGCUAGCAUGGAGGGAUGGAUAGCGGUCACAUUGAACACUUCUUCUUGC